AUGAAGGGCUUUGUCCACGACAUGAUGAACAGCUUCAACAUCGGGCCUAACGCCGUCCAGGUGGGCGUGGACACGUUCCAGACGAGCGUCAAGGCAGAGUUCUACAUGAACACGUACCAAGACCGCCCGAGCGUCCAACAGGCCAUCAACAACAUCGCUUAUCACUCCGGCUUGACCCACACUGGCGAGGCUCUCCGAUUCAUGCACACUGACAGUUUCUCCGCCGCGCACGGUAUGCCAGUGACAGAGCCAAUAUACCCAACAUCGCCAUCGUGGUCACUGACGGACAGUCAAACAACCCGACCCUCACGGCUGCGGAAGGCGAAGGCGGCCAGGGACGCCGGCAUAACCAUCCUUGCCAUCGGUGUCGGCCACGGUGUGGUGCGGUCGGAACUCAACGAGAUCGCUUCUGACCCAGACAGUACCCACGUUUUUACUGCCGACUCGUUUUCUGCCCUGAGCUCCUUGAAUGCCCUCCUGUCUACAAAAGCGUGUGAAGUAUCGAAACCUCAUGCACAGCCGCAUACCGCCCCUAACUGUGCGGCCAAGGCCGACGUCGCUUUCAUUCUCGAUUCUUCCGGAAGUAUUGGUGCCACCAACUACCAAAAAAUGCUCCAGUUCGUUCGUGACGUCACAUCUAAGUUUGACGUCGGUCCAGACAAGGUGCGCAUUGCAACGGAGAUUUUCAGCGACAGAACAUUCCCACAAUUUAAUCUGAACAGGUAUACGACCCAGCAGCAGGUGGACCAGGCCAUCGCCAACAUCCCGUACAAGCAGGGAACCACCAACACGGGACAGGCUCUCCAUGACGCCUACACCACGAUAUUCAACCAGAACAACGGUGACCGUCCUGGCAUACCCAACAUCGCCAUCGUAGUUACAGACGGACGGUCGACAAACCGACCUAACACUCUGGCUGAGGCACAGAAACUUCGCAACUCUGGCGUUCAAGUGUUUGCUGUCGGUGUAGGUGGCGGUGUGGAUACGUCGGAGCUAAAUGCAAUCGCGAGCGACCCGGACAGUUCCCAUGUGCUUACCGUGCAGGAUUUCAGCCAGCUUGCCUCAAUCACCGCCUCCCUCAACAGCCAGGCAUGCGCCGACAGUGAUGACAACGAUUCCUCCGCACGCAUGCCAGGACAACUUGCCAAACUGCAAAGCGUAUGCAUUACCCGGGGUGUGCACGAGCUACGCCGAGUGGUCGCACAGCAACUGCGCUGCAAGCUGUGGCUUCUGUCGUAA